AUGUCUGAAUUGAAGUUACAGAAACUGUUAGCGCUCAACGACCGCCUCCGGCUGGACGAAGAGUUGCCACGCGUCAAGGUCUCGGAAGCCUCCAAAGCUCUGAUGUCAUUCAUCACAGCAACCCCGGAGCCCCUCACCGCAAACCUCAAACCCGAAGAAAACCCCUUCACGCGCAAACCCAAGGGUGGAGGCUGUACCGUCCUAUAA